AUGGCCUUGGCUAGGAUAUCCCCCAGGAACUUCCUGCAUAUUGAGGUUUGGAGCAGGUAUGCUGAGAAGCUCUCGGAUCUUGCCAAACCAGAGAAUGCCGCUAUGGCCAUCCGGUGUCUGAAUGAGAUGAUCACAGAUGCUCUCCAGCAUGCCCCCGAUGUCCUCAAGUACUUGUCCAUACUCAAAAACAAAGGUGUCUUCAACUACUGGGCUAGUCUACAGGUGAUAGCCAUAGCCACGCUGGCUGCUUGCUACAACAACAAAGACAUGUUUAGGGGCAUAGUGAAGAUGCAGAAGGAACAAGCUGUCACUCUGAUGAGGGAUGCCACCAACAUGCAGGCUGUCAAAGCUAUAAUGUCCCAGCAUUUGGAAGAGGUCAGUUGGGUGCCUUGCUCUGGUAGAUACAUACUCUUUUAGAUGUAGACACUUUUUUUCCAGUCCCCAGUGAUACACUGAGGGCUUAGUUUGGUGACUCCAAUUAAGACCUUUUCUAGCCAUUUAGUAGCUGUUCUGUGUCACUUGAUGUUGAAGAAUGCAAUCUAGCAAACAGACGCUGCUAGACAGCAUCUUAAAAUAAUAAAAUCUUGGAGUGUACCUUUUUCCUUAAUAUGGUACCCUCCAGCCGUGCUUCUCUGCGAUCCUAUGACCCACUACUGUACUAUCAAAGCCUUCACAGUUAGGAUCACUUGUGAUGGAUGCAUUAAAGGAGGCCUGGGGGGUUACAGGAAGACAAAUUCAGGAUGCAGAGUUAUGCUCUCCAGAGAAAGCCUGUUCAUGUGGUUAAUGGCUAAAGAGCCUAUUGUGGUGGGAACCAUGCAGAUAAGUACUCACGCAAAGCAGGUUACGUGUCUCAUGACACCUGGUACUCUUUGACGGGACCUUGUCCACAUGGAUCCAUGAUCUUCCUUCCCACGACUGUGGAGCCCUUGGAGUGGGUUUAGGUAUUGAGGAAGGGGCAGAGCAUUACUUGGGGUUGCUUAGCCCUUUAAUGCCCUCAGGUGUGGAGGGGAGGGCGAGGGCAUGUUCGGUGUGUGUAUGGCAGGGGUGGGCAAGGGAUUCUCUCCAGCCUGCAGUGGGUACCGUGGUCUUGGCUGUCCCGGGGUGG